UCCACCCCCCACCCCACCGAUCGCCUCCCCUUAUAAACCCGUAGCACCACAGUUCAUUCACGUCUGGCUCGCUCAGACCCCACAAUGCUUUGCAGACACUCAACUCGUUGCAGGUAGCGUCUGGGGCCAGUCUCUCACUUUGUAUACUCCACACGUAGCAUGACGCCGCCGCCGAAGCUGACCGCGCUCAGCCAUCGAGGACUUUUAGGGAAACGUAAGCACUAACCAUUUCAACCUCAACUAUUUGCCUUCUUCUUUCUUUUUUUUAAUGUAUAUAAACAAUUUUAAAUUAUUUGGCAUUAGCUGAAGUGUGUAUAGCUCGAUUUGAUUCGUUUUUGUUUACACCUAAUGGGGUUCAAGAGGAACAUAACUGGAAAAAUGCUGAUCCGACAGGAGGAGACUGGGAAUGGUUGAGAACAAUGUGGGGACGCUAAAGGAAAGCACAGGAAUGUGAUUUGGGUUCAUCUGGUCAUCAAGUGCUGAUAAAUAUAUUAUCUGGAUUGUUGAAAUUAGCUGUCAGGGUUUAGGUCUAAACUAGGAAUAUACAGUCGAGCCUAAAGUAGGGGAUGGUUGGCAGAUGAAUGUCUUUUAAUGACCAGAUUCAGGGCAAACUUUGUGGUUUAGUGCAGGAGGGGAAAAAAUGUCAAAGAAAAUGCGGUCGGAUAUUUUAUUUGAGAAAAAAUCAAUUUCCAAACAGCCAUUAUUCUGAAUGAAGCAGAAGAAAAGGAGCCUUUAAGCCCUGAUGAAGGUCAUGAGAAAACGCCUCAGGUCUGAGUGAGCCUAUGAUAAUAGGCCAUCUUUAAACAUUCAUGUUUGGGUUGUUUUAAAAAAACAAAAAAAAAUCCUUUACAGAAGCGGACACAUUGUUUCCAAGUGGCUAAAUAUGUGUAAAAAGUCUUUUUAAUAAGUUGUUAUUUUAUUUCAGUGCAAUCAUUUUACACCGAGGGAAAGAAAAUUAACCUUUAAUGUUAGUUAAUUUCGUCUUUAAUUCCCCAACUAAGAAAUUGACAAUUUAAACAAAUCACUUACGGCACAAUUAUUGGCAUCCCUGCUGAUAAUAGUUUGGACUAAACUACCUAUCAGAUUUAGAUCGUUGUCGUCCUGAAAGACCCACUAUUAGGUUAGUUUUUCACUUUUCUGUCAGUGUCUACAGGGUUUUGAGCCAAACUCUCCUGGUGUUUCCAAGAGUGAAAGAGUUCAUGAUGCCGUGUUCUUUUAGCAGCCAACAGGGAAACAGGCCCACAGCAUCACGGAUACUCCACCGUGUUUUAGACCAGAUAAAAACCUCAGUCUUAGCCCUAAACACACGAUUCCAGUGAAAGUGCUGUCAGCAUUUAUUAAAUCCACAUAUGUACGUUUGUCAUGGCGGCUCAGAAAAUGCGUUUUUCCUCAUUUUCUAUCGCAAACAACCAAUCAGCAUGUAGUCUGUGUCUACAGUUUGUUAUGGAGACCUGAUGGCAUCCAGGUGGCGCUCUUUGCUGCUGUUCUGUGACAGUAAGCAUCACAAACGUUUAACCUCCGUCUUCAUCCGACACACCUCCUUUAUUAGCAUGAUUAACCCAUUCAGAAAAAAAUGACCCCUGUGUCACGUCAUAUUUAUACCCCAGGGAAACGGGAAGCUGUGGAUUACUGAUUAGUAGUUCCUGAAAACUGAGGUCAACUUGAAAACUUUUUAAAAUAUAAGUGAAAUGAGAUUCUUGUAUAAUUUGUUUUAAAGGGAUUGUUAAGGGUAGAGAUAAUCGUGCCGCUGUUGAGUUUGGUAAAAGUAGUUAUUCCUCAUGGUGAAGUUAUCAGCGUCAAAUGAUCCUGCUGCUGUAGAAGAAAUCAUCUGAAGACUUUUUGUCCGUCUUUACCAGUGGUGGAAACAAAUUCUUUCCACGUCUGUAUUUUUAUGAUUAUUAUUACAUUUUGUUUUUGCAUACGUGUGAUUUUUGCAUUAAACAAUCCUGACGUGGGCCUGAUUUUUAUUCCUGACGUGGAUCUGAUCAGUCGGUCAAACGCUCGGAUCUGACAGACAAUAAUCCGUCCUCUGCUGAUUUACUUCUGAUCUUUUAAAUUGAUUUAUUUUAAGGCUGCUUUUAUUUUGAAGGUACAAACUACUGGUUGUCUGUCCGAAUGUGGCUUUUCAUGCCUUCCACUUGAUUGUAGCGCUAAACUGGAGCAGAAAAGAAAUCCGCCAAAGCAGAAUGUACACGAAGUCAGAUAUCUCUUGUAUUUAUGACAUAUCCCAUCAGCUUCUGAAUGUUCGGACUCUGGGGUGAGGGUCUACUUUAACGAUAAAACACGGGAAUUCAGAAAGGGAAUAAAAGUGAUUGUUCUUUUCUUUUUCUUUUUUCAAAAAGGUCAAAGUGCUUUACGUGUUAGCAGCAGAUAACGUUCAGUGUGUGACCUUCAUGUGUGUUUGAUCUGUUUAUCACGUCGACACAACCACAACACCUUCAUCUCCGGCCGCAGCUCUUCUCUAGCAGACCAGGCAGCCCUUCACUGCAUUAAUCACAGUUAAUUACAGGCAAACGUCCAGAAGUACGUCGACAGCAGUCUAACUUUUUGCCGUGGCGAGACAACAACACAAAAAAAAAAAAAAAAGAUGCUGCACUGGUUUUAAAUAUUUAUCUUUAUCUGCUGUUUGCUGGAAGGGUUCGAUGCAGCUCUUGUCGUCGCGGGUGGUGGGGGAUGUUGCAGCUUUUCACAGAGGCCCCUGUAAAUGUGUUUUAUCGAGAAAAAAAGGUUCAAUAAAGACAUGUUCCACUUUUUGAAGCGAUCCUGUGCUCCUUUCUGUGUGUUCAGACGUUGGUUCCUGCGCAUGCGUUUGGUGUUUAGGUGUAGCUGUGCAGGCCGGGCUGGGCUGGGCUGGGGGGUGUUUACCCAGCGCUGCAGCCCUCACAGGGGGCCAGUGUCUCUCUCUCUCUGUCACUUCCUGUCUAAUCGACAGGCGAGCCCCCGCAGAGAGGAAACCAGACCCACUAGCUCGUCACGCAGAGGCAUCGGCGGCACGGCGAUGGACUGACUGACUCAGCGGCCUCGUCGAGAUGUCAAACACUGGAGCAUGAAUGAAGCGGGUUCAGAAAAACGUGCGUCCAUGUCUGCAGAGACGGCCCUCGGUCCCACCGCGCCGGCGCUGAUCCAGUUCCAGCUGGGGCUGUUCAGGGAGAUGGUUCGAGUCCCGCCCGGCAACCUGAGCUACCGCCACGCGCUGCGACUGGCGGCCGAGGUCAUAGAGAGAAAGGCUCCAGACUGCAGCGUGGUGGGCUCCGGUGAGAAGCUCCUGCUGUUCAGACAUCGACCCGCCUCUGAGCAGCUGCUGCAGCGGCUGACGGACCAGGACGAGCUGCGGGACGGAGACCUCAUCGAGAUCGUCGUCGCAGGAUCAGCGUCGGUUACUGAGAUGAGGAUGCGUCCUCACUCCCUGGUGGUCCAGUCGUACCGGACCCCCACCUUCUGCCACCACUGCGGGGAGAUGCUGUGGGGCCUCGUGCGGCAGGGGCUGAAAUGUGAAGGCUGCGGGUUAGACUUUCACAAGCGCUGCGCCUUCCUGUUGCCCAACGACUGCAGCCGAGUGCGGCGGCAGAUCAGCACCAGCUUCUCCCUGUUUCCACCGCGUAGGCCGCGGACGCACUCCCUGUCCAGUCUGACCGGAGGCAGUCUGGAGGAGAUCAGCCUGUCCAAGCCCUUGUCCAGGCCUCCGUCGUGGAACGAGCCUCCCGUGUGGAUAGGGGACAAGAGCCGGCCUCAGGUCCCCCACACCUUCCACAUCCACAGCUACACCAAACCCACAGUGUGCCAGUACUGCCACCGGCUGCUCAAGGGGCUCUUCAGGCAGGGGCUGCAGUGCUCAGACUGCAGGUUUAACUGCCACCGGCGCUGCGAGCCGCUGGUCCCCAGAGACUGUCCAGGCGAGAGGAGGGCCAUCAACGGGGGAGACUUCCCAGCAGCCGCUCACUGCUUCCCACCAGAUCCGGAGGACGGCGAGUCGGGGCUGGCCAGCACGACGCUGGACACCUCAGAGGAUGAGAUGUCCUCCGAAGGAGACUCCCUGCCUGAGAUGGUGGAGGUGGAGCCGCUGAGAGAGCCCAUGAGCCCCUGUUUCAGCAGCAACAUCCCGCUGAUGAGGCUCGUCCAGUCCACACAUCACACUAAGAGGAGGGCGGGGGGAGUCCUGAGAGAGGGCUGGCUGCUGCACCACACCAACAUGGACACGCUGCGAAAACGACAUUACUGGAUCCUGGACUGGAAGACCAUCACCUUGUACCAGAAUGAGAGCACCACCAAGUAUUACAAGGAGAUCCCUCUGUCGGAGGUGCUGCAGGUGCGAGGCCCCGCCCAUUUGUCCGUGCCCUCGUUGCCCGGCACCGACGUCCCCUCCUUUGAGCUGGUGACGGCCUCCCUGGUGUUCUGCGUGCAGGCCGGAGAUGACGGGCCGGCGUGGGAGGGCGCCAUCUGUCAGGCUCUGAUGCCCAUGCAGAGCAGGGCGGGGCCAGGAGAGGAGCGCCAUGAUGCAGGGCAGAACAGAGACAGCAUGGACAUCAGCUCAGUGUAUCAGAUCUUCACUGAUGAAGUUCUUGGUUCAGGCCAGUUUGGAGUGGUGUACAAAGGCACUCACAGGAAGUUGGGCCGAUCGGUCGCCAUCAAAGUCAUCGACAAGACCCGCUUCCCCACGCAGCAGGAGAGACAGCUGAGGAACGAGGUGGCCAUCCUGCAGAAUCUGUCCCACCCCGGGGUGGUGGUGCUGGAGGGGAUGUUUGAAACCGCCAGACACGUUUUCGUGGUGAUGGAGAAGCUCCACGGAGACAUGCUGGAGAUGAUCAUGUCCAGCGAGAAGGGCCGGCUCCCUGAACGCAUCACUCGGUUCCUGGUUAUACAGAUCCUCGAGGCUCUGCGGUAUCUCCACCUGAAGCACGUGGCUCACUGCGACCUGAAGCCCGAAAACGUCCUGCUGGUCUCCGCCGACCCCUUCCCCCAGGUGAAGCUGUGCGACUUCGGCUUCGCGCGCAUCAUCGGCGAGAAGUCGUUCCGCCGCUCGGUGGUGGGCACGCCGGCCUACCUGGCGCCCGAGGUGAUCAGCAACAGCGGCUACAACCGCUCCCUGGACAUGUGGUCGGUGGGCGUCAUCAUGUACGUGAGCCUGAGCGGCACGUUCCCCUUCAACGAGGACGAGGACAUCCGGCAGCAGAUCACCAACGCCGCCUUCAUGUACCCCCGCCAGCCCUGGGCGUCUAUCUCGCUGGAAGCUGUCAGCCUCAUCAGCAACCUGCUGCAGGUGGCUGUGAGACGCCGGUUCACCGUGGGCAAAGCUCUGGGACACUCCUGGCUGCAGGAUUUCCAGCUGUGGUGUGACCUCAGGGAGUUCGAGCUGAGGAUGGGCUCCAGGUACCUGACGCAUCAGGGAGACGAGGAGCACUGGAGGGGCUACGCUCAGGAGAGGGGGCUGACCUUCCCCGCCCAGCUCUGCUGGGACCCCACCAGUGACAUGGACAUGUGAUGUCAGACCAAAAGAAAAGAAAACCCGUCAGAGGCUGUUUUUGUAUUGUUAGGCUUUUAUAUGGACAAACAACGGACUGUGGGAAGUGCUGGUCAUUUAAGUCUAGUUGCCACGAACUGACAGACACUUAUUUGAACCUGUAGACGUCUCAGAUCGCGGAAGAAAAACCACAAACAACGCUGUUUAAUAAUGUAAUUAUCCUUUUUUAUUCCAGCUUUUGUGAAAUGUUGCUGUUUGAAUGUGAGUUUUUUUUACUUUUUUUUGUUUAGCAUCAGUGAUGAUGGACAGAAUAAACUGAGAACGAGGGGAGGAGGAUGAGGAGGCGAAUAGAGCACGGCUGAGAUAAAGUACCUUCAACAUGCACAGAGGAGUCGACUUGCACAGUUUAUUGCGAUCGUUAUGGCUGAUGUUUCGUUGUGGAAGUGGGACCGAUCCCUUCGUUUUGCCCUCACUGACAGGCCUGCUGUGGUCCCGCGUUACAGCAUCGAUUCUCACUCUGUCCCCAACUUUCCUGACACCCUGGUUGUCUCUCCCUGCGGACGCCUCUCGGCCCCUCCUUUAACGGAAAGGACAGAGGUGCGUCAUUCGUUCUGCUCCUUUAGUACCCGUUUUGUCUUUCUGCUCUCUCUCCUGAGUCGCCAUCAAGUCACGGCCGUCUUUGUGCUUUGCUCUGAGCUCCUCCGCCCCGCUCGCGUGUUUGGUGCUCGCGUUCACCCAUCCUGAGUGUCACGAGAUCUCUAAAGGUUUAAGUUCAGGUUUCACAGAGCAGCGGCAGGCUUUUCUUCGCUCUGAGGCGUUUCAGUGUUACGUCGCCUCUCCGGCUGCUAACAGGCUGCCGCGGGCGC